UGAAAAUUCACAAAUGGAAGUAGAAGAACCAACUGUCUCACAAAGCCAAGCUGUGAAGAAAUCAGCUCCAAUGAGUAAAGGACAAAAGCUCAAAAGAAAAAGAGAAGAACAGAUUCAACAAGAAUCCUCCAACUUCGAUGCUCAGAUAUGAGAAUACCUCCACUCUAAAGUGAAAGGUACUGAGAUCAAGCUUGAGCCUGACAAAACCCUUACCUUGUUUCUGAAUCAAGACAAUGACUGGAAGCUGCUGAAACAGUUUUCCAAAAUGAAGAUACCCAGAGUUUCCAGCAUUAUCCUGCAUAAUGCUCCUUUGACAAAGAAGCAUUUCAUCAAGUUUGUUGUGAACUCAGUGCCGAUUGCGAUGAAGAGGCUCCAUAUCACUGGAGCCCCACAUAGACUUGAGACCGAGUAUUCCAACUUGCUUGUUCAUCCAAAAAUGGCUACAGCAAAUAGCCUCUCAUUGAACUGUUUCAAGAGUUUGAACGAUAAGCAAUUGAAGAGACUUUUCAAAACCAAUAGACAUAAGGAGUCUUUAGCAAUCAACAGUUCCACAUUUUCACUGUCAGAGGAGUCAGACUUCUCAGAUUGCUUCAGAGAUGCUACUCUACAGAGGCUCAACUUUUGUUUCUCCAAGAUGGAUGGAGACAAUGACUUCAACUCAGAGGUUCAUUGCUUAGACAGCCUGGUAUGUGCUUUGUCGAAGUCCCCAGACCUGCACAGAAGUAUUGAGGAGAUCUUCAUUAGCAGCGUCAACUCUUCCCACAAAUUGAACAAAGAGACUCUGAAUAAAUACGGAUUUGAGUUUGAAUAAAAAUUUCAAAAUUAA